UUGAUGGAGUAAAUAGGGACAUGACAACCACAAAAGACACCCUUCGCGAUGCAAUCGCCAUCGGGGCACCCAUUUACAAUUCGGGUGAUCCAGCCGGUUGCCUCAGAACCUACGUUAAGGCUGCGGUAGAGGUUAUCGAUGGCACUAAAGCAACAGAUUCUGAACGCUCUGUGCUCAGGAACGCGGUUGGUCGUGCCACGGAGGUUAUGAGCAAAGAUGAAGGCGCCUGGAUUAUGCGGAGAGCCUUUGAUUCCAUCCUGAGCGGAGCAGUGGCGGCCCAGGAACGUGUUGCAGAGCAAGCUGCUAGGUUGGGCGAAUUCGAGGUCCUGUCUUUUGAAAAUGGGCUACCCUCGACGCCGCGUUGGCGUAUCCUGGAUGACGUGAUUAUGGGCGGCAGGUCCCAGAGCGAGGGCCUGGCAUUUGAACCUGCGGAAAGAGCCGCUGUGUUCAGCGGUCGUGUAACAACGGAUGGGGGCGGCGGAUUUGCAAGCCUCAGAUCGGACGAGUGGGCCGGCUUCGCAAGCCUCACCGCAGCGAGGGGCAUUCGGAUCUUGGUAAAGGGCGACGGGAGGCAAUACAAGCUGAACGCUAAGACGGACGCGGACUGGGACGGCGUGCAGUACCAGUACGACUUUGUAGCACCCCCCGUCUGGGGCCAAGUGGACCUGCCAUUCUCUGCAUUUAAGCCCACCUUCCGAGGACGGCUGGUUCCAAACCGGCCGCCCUUGCAAGGACAGCAGAUUCGACAGCUGGGGCUCAUGGUGUCUAAGUUCACAGCGGACGGGGGUGUCAUAAGCAACUUCCGAAAUGGGUCUUUUCGGCUUGGUGUUCGUUGGAUAAAGGGCUUCGUAUGACGGAAGUGGGUGUGAAUCACCCAAUAACUGAGCAUGACCAGUCUUGUACGUUUCAAUCGACGUGAAUACGGUUAUCCGGUAUGAUUUGUCCUAGUUGAGAUAUGCUGGUCAAGUGUCGUGAGUCUCCUUAAUCACAGUAGUCUCCUUGAUCACUGUUAAAUAGGUGAAAAAACAGGUUGUUCUGACCGGGACUCCCCAUGCUACCAGCCAUGGUUCACGCACAAAUACCGUGCACCCUGAACUGCCCGAAUACGCACGCAUUAUGCUCAAUUAAAGAUAUAACCUUAC